AUGGGACACACGAGAAACACGGCGAUCCUGCUGAUAGUCCUCGUGGCAAUAGUAUUCGACGACUCGACAGCUAGUCAGAAGCAAAGUUCCAAUUCCGAGAAGGGAUAUCGAGUUAUAAAACCGCAGAGGCACUUUAAGGCGAGAGAUCAUCGCGCUACAGAAGGAAGGACGAGUGUCGUGGAGAGCAAGGAUAGUGGUUCAAGGUCGCCAGGAUCGGCCGAAGACACUCAUGGCUCCUACAAGGUUCACGAAGACCAGGAGGAAGAAGCUGUACAGUCGAAAGAGGUUGUCCCCAUGGACGACAAUGUCGAAGAGAAGGGAAAUUCAAAUGCUGGAACGAUUUACCUAGUAAAACACAAUGGAGGCAGAGUGCCGACCGGAGUACCCCGCAAAGGCCAAAUUCUAGGUCACCAUGUCCACGAAGACGUGCACAAGUUCAUAACAGUGAUAAGAAAGGUAGCGGCACCCUAUCCGGUAGAAAAGACGAUAAGGUACCCCGUUGUGAAGAAUAUACUGUACCCAGUCAAGGUACCGGUACCUCAACCCUACGCGGUGGAAAAGAAGAUUCCAUAUCCGGUGAAGAUUAUCGUCAAAGUCCCGCUUAAAAUACCGAAACCGAUCCCAGUGGUCAAAGAAGUACGGUAUCCAGUUCACGUACCGGUUGAUCGUCCCGUAGCCGUAAAGGUCUACAUACCGAAACCUUAUCCGAUCGAGAAGAAAGUCCACUACGAGGUUAAGGUGCCGGUACCCAAACCGUUCCCCAUUGAGAGGAAGAUACCCGUGCCAGUAAAAGUGCCUGUACGCGUAUCUCAACCGUACCCCGUCGAAAAGGUAGUUCGCUACCCUGUAAAGAUAGAGGUGGAGCAACCCGUACCGGUGCCAAUACCCAAACCGUAUCUCGUACCGGUAUCCAAGCCGGUUCCUUACCCCGUCGAUAACCCAGUACCGGUACCAGUAACAGUUCAGGUACCACGGCCAGUACCUGUUCCGGUCGAUAAGCCGGUUCCUGUCGAGGUUAAAAUUCCAAUACCGGCGCCCUACCCCGUCGAAAAGGAAGUGCCCUACGCUAUCGAGAAACCAGUGCCUGUACCGAUCGAAGUGCCGGUAGAUCGACCAGUACCGAUACACCUGACGAAACCUGUGGCCUAUCCCGUUGCGAAACCAGUUCCCUAUCCUAUUAAAGUACCGGUUGGGAUACCGGCACAAGAGGCGUCCGGUUCUGGAAAUGAUUAUCGUGGCUGGAAACGAUGA